CUGCGCUCCCCUUCACAUACCACUCACACUCUGUCUGCCUCCCUCUCUCUUUCUCUCUCUCCCUCUCUCUCUUGGCUGAAGCUAAACCACAACCUGCUCCCGACGACGCCCUAUCGCCCAUGAGAUUCCCGAGUCCACCGCGCGCCUGUUUCGCACGAGACGAAGCCGUCGGGUUCUCAUUAUAACGUCAGGCUGCGCGCGCGAGCUGCCUGCCGCGUCACCUCGGCUAUAAGAGGAAAAAAAUAAAGAAGGAGGAGGAGGAGAGAGAGAGGGGGGGUGUUUGGUCAUUCUGAAUCCAGAAAUAAAUAAAAACAAAACAAACAAAAAAAACCCAGCGAGUUUGGAAGACGUCCGCAGCGGGAAGGAAAAGGGAUCUGCAACUGAGAUGGCAGAGGUGUCACAAGAGGAGAGACUCCAGGUCAUCGCUGAGAAGAGGAAGAAGCAGACAGAGAUUGAAAACAAGAGGAGGCAGCUUGAUGACGACCGACGGCAACUCCAACAUCUCAAGUCAAAGUCACUGAGGGAGCGCUGGUUGCUAGAUGGAGCUCCAGCAGAAGAGGAGACGCAGAGGCGUCUGCAGGAGGACGAGAUGAAGACCAAGCUUCUGGAACAGGUCAUCCUCAGGCUGGAGCAAGAAAUUGAAGAACUGGAGACAGGCGUGCCGGCUAAUAAAGGUGUGGCCAAAGAAAAUGGUGAGAACGGAGUAGUGCAGACCUCCGGCCUGACCCCUAAGAGAGAGGUAACGGGCGUCGAAGCCAAGCUGCUGGGCCCCAGCCCCGACCAAGCCAGCGAGGACAACCCAGUGACCCUGGUGUUCAUGGGCUACAAGACCGUUGAGGACGAGAAGGAGACGCACAAGGCCCUGGGCAUGGAGGGCGUGGACGGCAACGUGAAGGCCGAGUUCGUGGUGAUCGACGACGGCGAGGGGAAGGCGGCGAACGCGGAGGAGCAGGCCCCGCCCAACGGCAGCGUGGCGGAGAAAGAGAAGGCCAACGGAGGCGGAGAGGAGGGAGAGAAGGAGAAGAAACAGACCUGCAAAUGCUGCACGGUGAUGUGAGAUGUGUGUGUUUAUCUGCGUGUGUGUGCGUGUGUGUGUAUGUUUGCGUGAGACUGACUGCGUAUGGGUGAGUACACACCUGCACCUGUGCAGAACCGUGUGCCAUUGCAUGAGUCCAUAUUUGCAAACGUAUGUAGCUUUUUGUGUUUGUGUGGAAGUGUGUGUCAGGACUGAUUUACAGCUACACAGUCAACAUCCCAACAACGAGAGCCAACUCGAGCUCCAGCUCCAAGAACCACGAAGACUCAUAAGUACACUUACUCUAUAUACUUUCUCUGUAUUUGACUUUUGAUUUCUAUUGAUAUUUUUCUAUUUUUCUGUCUUGACCUUUAUAUCGUAGCCUACUAAGUGUGUUUAUCCUUAUUAUGAGGCUGUGUACUGUAUGUUCAUUGUUCUUAUUGUUUUAAAAAAAAAUAUGUAUUAGCUCUCUCGAUUGUACUGCAGCCCAAGUGGGAAAAUUUCUGGAAAAAAAAAAAUCCAAAACAGCAAAACUAUGAAGGACACAGAUACUUAAAUAUAUAUAUAUAUAAAUAUAUAUAUUUGUCUGUGUAGGCCUGCCAACUAUUUAUCAGUCAAUUUCAUAUUGCAAUAUUGUCUAAGACAUUAUUUUGAAUAGUAUUUUAAUAUAUUGAUAUGAAAUUAUGUUUUAUACAAUGUAUUUAUUGCCUUGGUUCUCUGUGUCACCCUUCCACCACCACAUGCAUGUUAAGGCUUGUAAGCGCCACCAGAUGAACACUCAUUAACAAGUGUCUGUGCUUUCUUAGAGUCAUGCGUGCUCAUAUCUUUAGUCACACAAGUCGUUCUGUCAGUAAUGGUGAAUUAUUAUAAAUGCAGUGUUCGAGUAACGCAUUAUGUCUAAAGGCAAAUAUACGGCAAAGAGGCACAUAGAGUCACCGAUCGUGUUGCGGGUCACUUUUAGUUUAACACUAGAUUGUAGAGCAGACGGCAGACGUACCGUGGAGGUCACCGCUUUAGUGUUUUCUGUCGUGAGAGAAUUGAUAUAAGUUUAAGAUGUUUUAGGUGAUUCGUACCAUUACACUGUUGCUGGAAAGGCUUAAAGUGUGGGCCACGUUAAUUGGCAGAUUGGGAUCAUUUUUAUUUUUAUUUUUAUUUUUUUUACACCGCCAGAAGAGGCCAUGAUGCAGACCCCGUUUCUUCGAUCUUUUAGGUAAAGUCACGUUGUUUGACUUUCAUUUUAAUAUCAUAAUAAAUUGGACCACCAACUUGUAGCGAGUUUUACUCAUAACCCACUCAUUUAAACUCGGCUUAAUUGGGCCAGCUGAGAACAGACUAAAAAUAAAAAAUGUUCUAGACCAAGAAAAUCAAAGACAAACGUAGGAAAUCGCCGUUGAUAAGGCAAAGGUGCAUGGCACUUUUGGUGUGUAGGAUGUGCUAUGUUUUCCACGUUCCUUUCCUACAAGAAAAUCUGACUUCUUUUAGAGUCGUCAAUAAAAUAUCUAACGUAUAGUUUAUUAUAACCUCACAGUUACAAAUCAGUUUUGUCACAUGGCUAAAAGUUUGAGCGCCACUGCUCUAGACCUUCCAGAAUCCUCUUGUCAUCAUUCAGCCCACAGGUUUCCCACAGGAUUUGGCUCUGGAGCCUGAGAUAUUCUGUCAGGAACCAUUUCUGUGUUGAUAUUACCUGGGGUUUUUUAUUUAAUGCUUAUCAUGUUUAAAGAUCCAUUUAUGACUCGUUUUGAUCUUCCUGGUAGAGCCCAGCAGAUUUUUACUUAAAAACCUCCUGGGAUUUCACAGAGUUCAUGAUUUCACUCUUGUGAGGUUCCUGAGGCCUUUUUGAGAACAAACAUGCUCACAGCAUCACAGAUCCCCCACCGUACUUGACAGUGGGCAUGACAUUUUUUUCCCACAAUCGUGUAUAAAACAGAGCCCAAGCCCUGGCUGCUUUUAGCCACUGACCAAGCACUACUGGCUCUGUGUCACAUCAUAUGUAUGCCCCAGAAACAGAAAAUUACUAAUCAGAUGUUCCUAAAAACCUAGAAACUCUGAUUUUAAAAAAAGUAUUUUUUUUUUUUAUUUCGCAAUAAUAUUUGCUUUAAAUUGAUUAUUAUUUUAGCAAAUAUUUGUUGCUAAAAUCCAAUUAUUUAUUAACAGGGAUAAUACUUGCAAAUUAAUAAAUGGGUUCAAAUUAAAGAUUGGAGUUUAUGCUACUGCAAUAAAAGAUGGGUGUAUGUUAGGGCUUUUAAAACCUUUUCACUAGGUGUUCCAAUAAAUGUGUCCUACACUGUAAGUAAUUCUGUUCUCUCAACAGUAGGGUCAAUGUAAAUCUAAAUAAGGUAGCACUGCAUGAAGCCUUGCAGCUUUGUUUAUCUCACCACUUGUUGGGUCUUUAUUGUUAUAUGCUGUCAUUGUUCACAUGAAUGUAAACACAGGGGUUAAAUUGGGAUUUUGUUUGCCUUUUAAUGAGAAAAGUCAACGCUGUUCAGCUCUCAUUACUAAAUGAUAAUUAAAAAAAGUUUUUUGUUGUUUUAUGAACCAAAUAAAACUUAAAUAUACUGUAA